AUGAUUAAGAUAAAGGGAAAGCAAGUACCCUGUUACUUAUCAAAGAAACCAGAGAAAUAUGAAGCAACAACAGCAGAUGUGAUUCUGGAUAAAUACUUCUUGACAAAAAUACAAGGAUCAAGUCAAUAUCAUAUCACUUUGAUCAUAAGACAAAAAAUUGAAGAGAAAAAGAUUGAGAUACUGGACAAAAAUGAGUCAAUGGAGAAGAAUGAUCACACUGCUGUGAAAAUUGAACCAUUAGAUGAUGGCCAGAUGAAAGCAAUGAUUGGAAAAUCUGCAACAAAAGACUUGUUAAGUUCAUGUGUGAAGGUGCAAUCUGAAGAUAUGUCUGAUUACACAUUAAAAGAGAAUGAUGAAAGCAAUGAUGACACAUGA